ACAGGAGUGGGCAUCCGCUGCGCUGCACGAAGGAGAAACUUCGAGGAAAGAUGCACGAAGAGGAGGAUGGCAGCGACCCGAGCCCCUGCACAGCCUCGCGGAUCGCGGCCACCAAGUCCGUGGACGUGGCCGAGGUCGAGGGAGCGAAGGAGCAGGCCUCCAAGCUGUGCGGAUACUUGAACAAACUGUCCGGCAAGGGGCCUCUGAGGGGGUACAAGCCGAGGUGGUUCGUGUAUGAUCCGAGGAAGUGUUAUUUGUAUUACUUCAAGACUCCCCAAGAUGCCUUGCCGCUCGGCCACAUCGAAAUAGGCGAUGCGUGCUUCAGCUACGACGUGGAGGGGGAAGAGGGUCAGUUCGAGAUCCGCACGGCCGGGAAGGAGUUCCUCAUGAAGGCCCCCAGCAGGCAGGUGAUGCAUUACUGGCUGCAGCAGUUGCAGCAGAAGCGUUGGGAGCACAGCAACACACGGGGCUCCGGUCAGAGAGACAGCUGGAGCUCCCCGACCCUGGCCUACCCUCCCACCGGCCUCGUAGGCAAAGACAACGAUGCGUUUGUCUUCGAGAAGCCGAGUGACAGCGUGGAGAAUGUGCGCAGCGACUUUGCCGUGGAGAUGCAAUCAGACGGAGGGGGAAUGGUAGGGAUCCAGUCAGCCAGAGGACCUUCUGCCGCAUCCACAAACCCCCUCAACUUCUCCCUCAGAAACUUUGGUACAGAGCUCAGGAACUCCAUGUCUUAUCUGCGGCCGGGGAGAGGAGGAGAGAACAGGCGCAGUGUGUUUUACACUGGCAACAGCAGCUCAGAGGACUGGGAGCUGGUGGACGCUCCACCCAAGGACUUCCCUGAACAGAAACAUCAUCCAGACACACACAGACAUUCCUUUGGGUCAGCGUUUACUUUCGACUUUGUGCGCAACUCAUCGCGCCCUAAGAGGCCUUUGCUUCGAGACAUGAUGGCCUCCGGGCGGUUCGGGCGCAACGCUGAGACGCGCAGUGCCGAGAGCUCCCCGGUGGAGUGCAAUGGCAGCAAACCUUUGGAGAUGCAGCUCCGCCUGCAGAACCAGCAGGAAGAACUAAGCCGCAUGCAGCAGGAACAGGUCAAACUCAGAGAGGAGCUGGCCAGUCAGAAGGAGCUGGUAAGACUUCUGCAGCAGACUCUGAGGACCUCCCAGUGCGACAGGCAGCCAGUGCACCGUCCGGACCCGGUUCCAGAUUCAUCCUCGACUUCAAACCAGACUGAAGGUUCAGCAGUAACCCAGGGAGCGAUCGCCCAGUUGGAGGCCCUGCUUCAGGAAAGGGAUGGUCAGAUCCAGUCCCUGUGUGGCCACAUGGAGCGUCUCGCCUUGGAGAAGGACAGUCUGCAACAGGAGCUGAAGGGCCUGAAAAUAAAGGUGGGGGAGAUAAAUGACCAGCUGGGGAUGCUGAUGGAGACCAUCCAGGCGAAGGAUGAAGUCAUCAUAAAGCUGUCACAGCAGAGCACCGAGCAGAGAGGCAAUCCAAAUGAUGCCGGUUCACCGACCCCCAACAAAGACCAGCAGGAGCUGGACAUCCUCAAGGACAGUCUUCAAGGCUACAAGUCCCAGAACAAGUUCCUGAACAAAGAGAUCCUGGAGCUGACAGUAUUACGCAGAAAUGCAGAGAGUAGAGAAAAGGCUUUAGAAGCAAAGUAUACGGCCCUGGAGGCCAAAAUGUGUCAGGUGGAGAGUAAGUAUCUGGUGCUGCUCCAAGAGGUGAAGACCCCGGUGUGUUCGUCUUCAGAGCAGAGCCCAGCCCGCGAGGUCAUUUCCAGAUUAUUAGAGGAUGCCCUGCAGGCGGAGAGCCCCGACCAGCAAGAGCACCCCAUCUUUAAGCCAAAUACUGUCAGUGAGUAUGACGUGUACGGCUUCAAGACCGUCCCUGAGGAGGAGGAAGAGGAGGAGAAGCUGGUCGCGAAGGUGAGAGCUCUGGAGCUGAAGUCCCUAUCCAUGACGGAUCAGGAGGUGUCCGUCGGGGUGAAGUGGGAGAACUACCUGGCCAGCACCAUGAACAGAGACCUGGUGCGCUCCCCCGAGCUCAAAGCCCUGAUUCGCAGCGGUGUUCCCCAUGAGCACCGCUCCCAGGUGUGGCGCUGGUGUGUCUCCUUCCACGUCAAGAAGUUUCGGGACCACUUGGCGCCUGACUAUUAUGAGACCCUACUGAACGUUGCCCGGGACAAGCCCAACCCGGCCUCGAAGCAGAUCGAGCUGGACUUGCUGCGUACUUUGCCCAACAACAAGCACUAUGCGUCCCCGAGUGCAGGCGGCAUCCAGAAACUCAGGAACGUCCUGAUGGCUUUCUCCUGGAGGAAUCCAGAUAUCGGCUACUGCCAGGGACUGAACAGGCUGGCAGCUAUUGCCCUGCUCUAUCUGGACCAAGAGGACGCCUUCUGGAGCCUCAUAGCCAUUGUGGAGGUCUUCAUGCCAAGAGACUAUUACACCAAGACUCUGCUUGGCUCACAGGUUGACCAGCGUGUGUUCAAGGACCUGAUGAGUGAGAAGCUGCCCCGGCUUCACGCCCACUUUGAGCUGUACAAGGUGGACUUCUCCCUCAUCACCUUCAACUGGUUCCUGGUGGUGUUCGUGGACAGCGUGGUGAGCGACAUCCUCUUCAAGAUCUGGGAUGCCUUUCUGUAUGAGGGUCCAAAGAUCAUAUUUCGCUUCGCACUCGCGCUCUUCAAGUACAAAGAGGAGGAGUUUUUGAAGCUGCAGGACUCCACAGCCAUCUUCAAAUAUCUUCGAUACUUCACGCGCACAAUCCUGGAUUCGAGGAAGCUGAUGAACAUCGCUUUUGUGGACAUGAACCCAUUCCCCAUGCGUCAAAUCCAGAACCGCCGCUCCUUCCACCUGGAGAAGGUCCGUCUCGAGCUGACCGAGCUGGAGGCGAUCAGACAGACCUUCCUCAGGGAGAGGGAGACGAGUCAGGACGGACGGAGCUUCGUCAGCGAUGACGAGGAGGAUAACUGACCUGAGGCGCGUCACUUUCCCCGGGCUCAUGGCUGAAGUGUGAAGACGAGGAGAGCAUUGGCACCAUGACAGUGAUGUGCUGCAGCUGUAAAGGGAUUUUUUUUAAAUGAAAGAAUUGUCGGAUUGGUCUCCAAAUCAGAGCUGGAACAAUCAACUGUGCAUUCAUUUUGAGUGAGAUGGCUGCAAAAGACCCGAACAUUACAGGCCGAAUGGGCUUUCUAUCAGUAUUCCCGCCAUUUUUGUUGUAAAAGCCUUGUUUGUUGUGCGCUUGUGUGUUUAAAUGACAGUAUGCUUUGUCCGUGGCUCUUCAACAUUCAUUGCCAAACUACACUCUUGCAGUCCGAAUCAGUAUUUUGAAAAACAUAGCUGUGAUCUUUUAAUAUCCGGCGAUUUUAUGCCUUUUGAAGGAAUGAUUGUAUUUUUUUAACUCUUUUCAUUAGGACUCAGAUGCAUAAAUGUCUUAAAAUUGUUUACCUAAAUCUUUCUUUUUAGGUUUUCCACAUUGCCACUCAGCCACACAUCUUUUAUGUGGGAUCCCCGUGUCUCUUGAUGCACUUGAAUCACUUAUGCUGAAAUUCAGAUUCUGCUGAAACUUAAAGAUUUAAGUCUUACAGCCUUUUGAUCUCUAGCUUGUUAGUUGUACACAUCAUUCCAGCCUCUAGGGGCUAUUGUGGUUAAAGAAUACACACGAGGAUUUCCCAUCAAACUAGGGAUCAGAAACUAAAUCUCCCUGUGUGUCAUCACUUGUAUAAGCAGCAUGUGGAACACUUUGGGGAAGACCAUGCUUGUUUUUUUUAUCUGUCCAUAUUUGUUAUUUUAUAUUCAAGUACCACUUAAAAACUUAAACUUCCCCAAUGACACAAGUCUGUUUUGCAACAACAUUUUGUACCGAAACUAAAAAAAACUGUGGUGUAUAAAGGCCGCUGGACUUAGUUGGGAGAAUAUUUGAAUUCGUACUGACCAACAUGGAUCCUUACAAAUUACCUCAUUCCCUGUUUUAUUGUAACCAUCCUAAAAUCUGUGUAUUAAGGUAUUUUAAUUUGUCCUGGAAAUUCUCCUACCCAGCUGUACUGCUCCUUUAAGUGUUUUCUUUCAGUAAUGGUCUUGAGUUUUCCAAACAAACAUUUGACGUUUAAAGGAUUCAGUUUCCCCAGACCAAAACCUGCUGUGACAGAUUUCCAGGACACGCUUAAUGCUGGGAGCUCUCUCCUGAGCCCUUGUCUGAACAUGCUGAUGUAUUUGCAUUGAUUGUCCUCAGUGUGGCAGUAUAACAUUUGUCCAUACAGUGUUUACACCAGCUCACAGGUACCCUCCACAGGAGUUUAUGAUACCAAUGUCCAGCUUUGUAUGAAAUGGCUGCAAACUCAGUCCGUCAGCAUGAUUUUAGUGUGUGAAAAUGGAAAUCUGAUUUGUUAUCUAUGAGGGAAGCAUGUCAGACACAGCAGUACCUCUCUGUCUUCCACAUCCAGGUACUUACAGAUGACAGUUUACUCUUCAGCAUUGUGAUCAUAUACUCUUUUACACCUGUUUUGUAUUUUCUACACUUUAAUACACCAUUACGAUGAAUGUCGUUUAUCCCCUCACCAGAAAAAAACAUGUUCAGGUCAGUCGUGUAAAAUUGUUGUUUAAAAUGAGAAUCUGGAAGAGAGGAACAUGUUUUUUCUCACCUCGCCCCCUCUGUUGUGUCCUGAUACAUUGUUCACAGUUAAACUUUGAAUUUCCUUCAUUCCCAUUGAACUUCGAGCUGUUUACAGGGAUUACGUCCUCAUGUUGGACCUGAAUUUGUGAACAAAUGGCAGAACUGUGGUUGUUUUGAGGAUGGGAAUGUGAAUGAAGACAGCCCCGUCACGAGAGCAGGCCUCUCUACAGAUCAAAACUUUCAGCCUUGAUCGCUUUAAGAUGAGAAGAUUUUCUUAAUUUAGGUGCGCUCAUUUUGUCAAAUGGCUCAUACAGUAGACUUUCAGUGUUUGCUCCUAUUUCAACACACGACUUCAGCUCUGCGACUAGUGUGCUGUCACUUUGAUCUUCACAUUGAAUAAGCUACAUUUAAUGUUAUCGUCUUUCUUUUGCUUUUCCCAGCAAGUGUAGCGAAAAGAUGGCUUCAGAAUAUUAUAGGGCACUUCACUUUUUUUGUACGUAAACCUCCAUGGUAUCUUGUUCAAUGUUAAUCGGUAUCAUUUGAUGAUGAAAAGUGCAAAGCUUUUGUUACAGCAUGAAGCAGACGCCACUGUAUGUUUUUGUAACACCAGUUAAAAGACAUUCAAUAAACAGUGGCUGACUGGG